ACCUCAAAGAAAGCCACUCCGCCCUCUUCCGCUCUGAGAGGCUUUCUCCGCCGCCAAUCGCUUUUGAGUCCCGUCUCCUGGCUGAGCUGAGAAUUGGGCGGGGCUAAGGUUAGGCUUAGCCGAGACCCUGCGAGUUUAUCUGGCUUCUCUGCGCGGAGCUAAAGGGGAAAGUGGUGGUUGAGGAAAGGGGCGGGCUCGGGCUGGCCUUUGGUCUGUGCUUCGCUCAGGCGCAGAGAAGGACAGGCCUGCAGGGUCCUCCUCACCUCACCCUCGCGCGCGGCGGCUGGGCCGAUCAGUCGGCCAGUCAGUCAGGCGGUUUGUUUGCUUACUUGCCUGCCUGUCUGCUGGUCGGUCGUCCGGCCAAGUGGCCGGCAGGCGCGUGUCCGGCAGAGAGCGCGUGAGAGCGGAAGGCGAGGAGGCGAGCGCGCCCGCUCCGUUGUCGAGGCCACCCGCGAGCGAAGAAGGCUGAGGCGAUGGCGGACGUCCUGAGCGUGCUGCGCCAGUACAACACGCAGAAGAAGGAGAUCGUGGUGAAGGGGGACGAGGUGAUCUUCGGCGAGUUCUCCUGGCCCAAGAACGUCAAGACCAACUACGUCAUCUGGGGGACGGGAAAAGAAGGCCAGCCUAGGGAAUACUACACUUUGGAUUCAAUUUUGUUCCUGUUGAAUAAUGUGCAUCUUUCACAUCCUGUUUAUGUGCGGCGUGCUGCAACUGAAAACAUUCCUGUGGUAAGAAGACCUGAUAGAAAAGAUCUACUUGCAUACCUAAAUGGGGAAACAUCAACAUCAUCGAGUAUAGACAGAAGUGCACCACUUGAAAUCGGUCUUCAGCGAUCCACUCAAGUUAAAAGAGCAGCUGAUGAAAUAUUAGCAGAAGCAAAGAAACCAAGAAUAGAGGAUGAAGAGUGUGUACGGCUUGACAAAGAGCGGCUGGCAGCUCGACUGGAGGGGCACAAAGAAGGCAUUGUGCAGACUGAGCAGAUUAGAUCCUUAUCUGAAGCCAUGUCGGUGGAAAAAAUUGCUGCUAUUAAAGCCAAAAUCAUGGCCAAGAAAAGAUCCACCAUCAAGACUGAUUUGGAUGAUGACAUAACUGCUCUUAAACAGCGAAGUUUUGUUGAUGCAGAAGUUGACGUAACCAGAGACAUAGUCAGCAGGGAAAGAGUAUGGAGGACAAGAACUACCAUUUUACAAAGCACAGGCAAGAACUUUGCCAAGAAUAUUUUUGCAAUUCUUCAGUCGGUCAAAGCUAGAGAAGAAGGCCGUGCACCUGAACAAAGACCAGCACCAAAUACUGCACCAGUGGAUCCCACUUUACGGAACAAGCAGCCUAUUCCAGCUGCCUACAACAGAUACGAUCAGGAAAGGUUUAAAGGAAAGGAAGAGACUGAAGGUUUCAAAAUUGACACUAUGGGCACGUACCAUGGAAUGACCCUGAAGUCUGUAACGGAAGGAGCUUCGGCACGAAAGACUCAAACCCCAGCAGCACAGCCUGUGACAAGACCAGUCUCCCAAGCAAGGCCACCUCCAAACCAGAAAAAAGGAUCUCGAACACCCAUAAUCAUUAUUCCAGCAGCUACCACCUCUUUAAUAACUAUGCUUAAUGCAAAAGAUCUUCUGCAGGAUCUGAAGUUUGUGCCAUCCAAUGAAAAGAAAAAGCAAGGCUGUCAACGAGAAAAUGAGACUUUAAUACAGAGAAGGAAAGACCAGAUGCAGCCCGGUGGAACUACAGUCAGUGUUACAGUACCAUAUCGUGUCGUUGAUCAACCUCUAAAACUUAUGCCUCAAGACUGGGACCGUGUUGUAGCUGUAUUUGUGCAGGGUCCUGCUUGGCAAUUCAAGGGCUGGCCGUGGUUGCUACCUGAUGGGUCACCUGUUGAUAUUUUUGCAAAAAUUAAAGCUUUCCAUCUUAAAUAUGAUGAAGUUCGUCUAGAUCCAAAUGUCCAGAAAUGGGAUGUAGAAGUGUUGGAGCUUAGUUACCACAAACGGCACUUGGACAGACCAGUGUUUCUGCGUUUCUGGGAAAAACUGGACAGGUACAUGGUAAAGCACAAAUCCCACUUGAGAUUCUGAAUUCUUCACUGCCAUUUUGUUUUGGAUUGACAUUGGAUUGAAGACUUUGAAACGACUCUGGUCCAGGGAAGAGAGCUCUCCCUGUCCAUAAUUUGUCAAGAACAUUUUACAAAAAAAAGAAGGGAGUCAUCAUUCAAUCUUUUAUAAGACCUUGUUGGAUCACCGUGUUGCAAUGACAGGCUGACAACCAUCAUUACAAGCAAAGGAUUUUGCUUAAAACUAUUUUUUAAUAACAUAAGCCUUCUAGCCUGCAGUUCAAAUUGUAUAUUUUGAUAGCAGCCAUUUCUUCCCCAUUUUGUUAAAUUAGCAACAUUUUUACAAUAAUGUUUUUGUUUUCCAAUAGAAUAUAGGUUGAUUUUCACAGAAGGUUACAGACUUGUGUGUGUAUGUAUAUAUAGGUAUAGAGAUAGAUGUUCUAAACCACUUCGCUUCUGAGCAUAGUUCUUGGUUCUUUGCUUUAUUGUUUCACUUAUGAAAGACCUUUUGUUGUGGUUGGUAUUAUCUUCUAGUCUAAAGAACUCUAGGAACUAAGCAAAGUGAAGAUUGCUUUAGAUUAAUCAAAUUGUCAAUCUGUAUAUGUACUGUAUAUUCUUUCAGUCUUUGGAAAAGGGAUGAAAAGAAAUCCAAAAUUGCUUUUUUGUUAUGAUGAUAGUUUACCAAAACUGUACAAACAAAAAAUCAUUAUGAAUACAUUUGAAUUACAACAUUAUCCAUGCAAAUUCUUUAAUUUAAAAUUGCGUGUGCAUAUGACCCCACGUUGUGGUGUAUAUGAAACUCUAUACAUUAUAUAUACACAAGAACCUCCUUAGGCUUGAAUUGGGUGGUGUCUGGGGUUAUUUUUAUCACAGAGUUUGCAGAAUAGAAUCAGAGUUCUUCUGAUCCCAAUAGAUGUAGAUCCUCACAUUUUUCUUAGACUGCGUUCUUACUUUGAUAGUAGGAGAGUUGCAGCACCAUCACUCUUUUUCACAUAGCCAGGUAACAUGAAAAUCCUGCAGCCAAGUGAGAGGAGCUCAUGCUGCAGCUGCUCCUCACUCGCAGUAUAUUACACCAAUUUUCUAAAGCUCACACUGGCAUGGAAGGAAACUGCAUUGUGAGGUCCAGGACUUCACUUGUUGCUCUAGUGAUGUGAGAAGAAGUGGCAUCCCUCGUUGCCAAGGUAACACAAGUACCCAGUCUCAGUGGCAUAAGAAACCCAGAACAUCUUAAUCUCCAAUUACGCUGGCUAAAUCUGCUUUUCACAUUAAUCUGGAAUACCUUUCAGUAACCAAAGAAGAUGUUUGCUUGAUGGAGAGUGAGCAUAACUGAAGCAAGAAAAUGUGGUAUUUCUGUGAGUUUGUAUUUUAUAACAUAGCUGCUGAAUGCUGCAUACCAGUGGAUACACACAAUGAUCCUCAACAGUCGAUUACAUAUGGAUUUUUUCAGCUGAAGAAACCACUUAUUUCUGUGUUUCAGAUUCAGAGCCAUGUUUUUAUGCUGAGCAUCUGAGGUUUGUCAGAAGUAAAAUAUUCUACAUAUUCUUCCUUAGUUUGCUUUAUUUCAUAUCCUAAUUGGUUGCUCGUAACAUUUCCUAACAGAUGUUAAGGUUUUUCUUACUAUCUCCUUUUGAACUGUGAUUGAGGUCUAAAUGGCUUUUGGGAUACUCUGAAUACUUAUGAUAUUUAUUUCUAAUGUGGAGACUGUGGUUUCUAUUUUGUUGUGAAUGGAGCAAGAAUCACUUUUUCAGCCUUUCAGUCCUUUUUUUUUAGUGACAAGAUUUCAUGUUGGCAGUAUUUUUAAAAGAAUAUUGCCAUUAGAAUUAGAUAGAUGAACUAAUUCAGGACUAGAAUGUGUGUUUAAAAUAAAAAAGGGGUUCAGAAAAUUUCUUAA